GCCGCGCUGCUCUUGGAGAGGUCACUCCGGAGACGGCGGAGCUUUUGGGGUGUGGGGGUCGGUGGCAGGAUGUGGCGCGUCUGUGCGCGGAGGGCGCAGAGUGCAGUGCCCAGGGCUGGAAUCAGGCCUCGGUGGGCAGUCCUGAAGGAAGGCCCCGGGGCCCCCUACGGGAGCCCGCGGGUCGGCCCGGCUGCGGCUCGAUGCAGCAGCGGGACCCCGAGCUAUGGGGUCCGCUUGCUGUGUGGCUGGAGCUCCGGCUCAGACACCGCGCCGCGUAACCGCUUACUGCGGCAGCUCCUGGGGUCGCCCGGCCGUCGCUCUUACAGUCUUCCCCCGCACCAGAAGGUUCCGUUGCCUUCCCUUUCUCCUACGAUGCAGGCAGGCACUAUAGCCCGCUGGGAAAAAAAAGAAGGGGAAAAAAUCAGUGAGGGUGAGCUAAUUGCAGAGGUUGAAACUGAUAAAGCCACUGUUGGAUUUGAGAGCUUGGAGGAGUGCUAUAUGGCAAAGAUCCUUGUUGCCGAAGGAACCAGGGAUGUUCCAGUUGGGUCCAUCAUCUGUAUCACAGUAGAAAAGCCUGAGGAUAUUGAAGCCUUUAAAAAUUAUACAUUGGAUUCAGCAGCAGCUACCCCACAGGCAGCCCCAGCCCCAGCGGCUUCUGCUACUCCAGCUGCACCUUCUGCAAAGGCUCCUGGUAGCUCAUAUCCUACUCACAUGCAGGUACUUCUUCCUGCCCUCUCCCCCACCAUGACCAUGGGCACGGUCCAGAGAUGGGAGAAGAAAGUGGGUGAGAAGCUCAGUGAAGGAGACUUGCUGGCAGAGAUAGAGACUGACAAGGCCACUAUAGGCUUUGAAGUACAAGAAGAAGGUUAUCUGGCAAAAAUCCUGGUCCCUGAAGGCACAAGGGAUGUUCCCCUGGGAACCCCACUUUGUAUCAUAGUAGAAAAGCAGGAAGACAUCGCAGCCUUUGCAGACUACAGGCCAACAGAAGUGACCAGUUUAAAGCCACAGGUGCCACCACCUGUCCCACCUCCGGUGGCAGCUGCUCCUCCCACUCCCCAGCCUCUAGCACCUACACCCUCAGCCCUUCCUACUGGACCAAAGGGAAGGGUGUUUGUUAGCCCUCUUGCAAAGAAGUUGGCAGCAGAGAGAGGGAUUGACCUCACCCAAGUUAAAGGGACGGGACCAGAAGGCAGAAUCAUCAAGAAGGACAUUGACUCUUUUGUGCCUUCUAAGGCUGCUCCUGCUGCAGCAGCUGCCAUGGCUCCCCCGGGUCCAAGAGUGGCACCAGCUCCCACAGGUGUCUUCACAGAUGUCCCCAUCAGCAACAUUCGCCGAGUGAUUGCACAGCGGCUAAUGCAGUCGAAGCAGACCAUACCUCAUUAUUACCUUUCUGUUGAUGUAAAUAUGGGAGAGGUGCUCUUGGUACGGAAGGAGCUUAAUAAGAUGCUUGAAGGGAAAGGAAAAAUCUCCGUCAAUGACUUCAUCAUAAAAGCUUCGGCUUUGGCUUGUCUGAAAGUUCCCGAAGCAAACUCUUCUUGGAUGGACACAGUUAUAAGACAAAAUCACGUGGUGGAUGUCAGCGUUGCUGUCAGUACCCCUGCAGGACUUAUCACUCCUAUUGUAUUUAAUGCACACAUCAAAGGACUGGAAACCAUUGCUAGUGAUGUUGUUUCUUUAGCAUCCAAAGCGAGAGAGGGCAAACUGCAGCCUCACGAAUUUCAGGGUGGAACAUUUACAAUCUCCAACUUAGGAAUGUUUGGAAUUAAGAAUUUCUCUGCGAUUAUUAACCCACCUCAGGCAUGUAUUUUGGCAAUUGGUGCUUCAGAGGAUAAACUGGUCCCAGCAGACAAUGAAAAAGGCUUUGACGUGGCUAGCGUGAUGUCUGUCACUCUCAGCUGUGAUCAUCGUGUUGUGGAUGGAGCCGUUGGAGCCCAGUGGCUUGCUGAGUUCAAAAAGUACCUUGAAAAGCCUAUAACUAUGCUGUUAUAAUUUACCCAAGAACUUCUACACUCUCUGCUGACAUUAUAUUUAUAUGUUAUUAAACAGGUGGUUCUUUUAAAGUUUCACUAGUUAAUUUUAUUAUUGAAUCUGUCUAGAUAAUUUAUUUGUAAUAGGCAUUAAUGAAUCUUUUUUAAAUGCCAAUUACAUCCAAAUAUUGUACCCCUUUAAAAUUAAACAUCAGUUUAAAGCUCUGUAUGCCUAGGGAAGGGACAUGUAGGGACACUAACUCUUUAGUGAGAAGUCCUUCCUGGGGGAACAGGAGGGGCAGGAUUGUGGCUCCCUGCAGUCGGGCUCAUAAAAGUAACUUGGAUGAGACCUUGCAGUUUAGAGUUUAAUUAAUUCAACUUACUUAGUCUGAAGGAAACAGAGUCAUGAAAAGUAUUUCUCAUAGGAAGAGUUUGAACUGAAGCUUUACUUUGGAAUCUAACCUUAGAGUUUCCUGUUUCACAAUUUUGGUUUAUCACAUGAGAACUUCAAGGAAAAUAAGUGAAACUUUAAGAGUCAGCAUUUUCAACCAACUGUUAUUUUUAUAUGAAUCUCUAAAUAAAAUAGCUUUCCCCUCCUUAAGAUAUAAGCCAACUUCUUGGUAUAAAUGAGAAUUUAUGUAUUUAUUUAUAAGCAAUUUCAAUGUAUAAUUUGAGAAAUCUGCAGUUUCCUCCAAAUAAAAGAACAUACUUAUUGAAAUGAACAAGUUGCAGAAGUAGAAUUUUCCUUCUAAGAUGAACUGGAUGUUAAUUGUAAAUGAACGAACCCAAUUAUCAAAUGUUUUCGCUCAACUGGAGAACUCUGGAAUGAGUAUGGAAUGUAUAUGGGAGAAGUUGUACAUAUGUAAUAUAUGGUUUUAGAGUUGUAUAUGUGCCAAUGUCCAUUUAUCACCAUAUCCUGCCUGAAAAGGAGUGGGGGAGAGGAUGUGAGUGGGUAGUUUGCACUGCUGACUGUGAUGUCCAAACUGGGCAUCUGGCUAGGUAGCCGCGGCUACUCAGAACGCUAAGAAAGUUGGAUAGUUGGAUAAAAUAGCAAGACUCUAUCUCAGUCAAACAAACAAAAAUUAUGCCUAAAACAACAUGACAAUUUCUGGUAAAGUUUUUAAAAAGUAGUAUAUAGUCAAGAGUUUGGUUUUUCAGCCCAGUCCUUGAUCAUGGAGGGAAGAACGUAAGUAGGUGUCCCCCUUACCAGCCUAAAUGCUCCUUUCGUUUUAUUAUGUUUUACUUUUCUUUUGGAGGGAAGGGAGACGAUAUGCAGGAUAGUAAAAAGAACGUUAUCACAAUUCCAGACUUCCUGUUAAAGUGAUGUGUUUUAAUAAAUGUUUGGAAUUAUUUGUGACUUUAAAAUAACCCUGACCAGUAUCCUUGUAUGUAAUAUGUGGGGCCAUCUUCUGAAAUUUGAAGUGCUUCAUCAGUGUUGAACAUGUUUCUAAAUGUUCAUUAUCACUUGGUGCACAAGUGACACUCCAAAUAGUCCACCAGCGUCCAGCUGCUGUACCACUGUCACAGCUCCGUGCUGGGACCUCCUCUUUAGCGCCGAGCCAUCCUAGGUUGCACUGAAGACUGUACAGAAAGAACACACUUAUCACAAAGGUCCAUCGUUAGCAUGAGCCAAAUCUAGUCAAAUGUGAACUUGAAAAAUGACUCAUUCUUUGCUAAUGCUCUGUUGUUCCCUUGAAAGAAAAAUAAAAGUUUGUCAUCUGACAAAAAUGUUCUGAGUUAAGACUACUCUAAAUCUGGACUCAGCCAGCAUAGUAACUGAAAGAAGUUAGAAAUAGUGUUUUGGAUCAAGAAAGAUUGUUUAAAAUUUAAACAUGUUUUCAGUUGUGUCUGAACUAAUUUUUGAUCUGUUUGUAGUUUAUAUCACAUUAAAUGAUUAAUGUCCUGUGUCAGCUGCAUAAUUCAAAGCUCCUAAUACAGGUGAAAAUUCAAGUGUGUCACCGGCAGGCUAUAGUCUUAACACGUAGCUCGGGGUUAUUAAAAACCCCAUGAUGAGGCAUGGCACUUACUGCCGAGAUGGGAAGCAUGGCCUAGCUCUGUUAGAUAAUAUACUCCUGAUCUGGGGUUUCUGAGUGUGGAAUUAUGGUUUGCCAAGACAUGAACCCUAGGAUGCACUGAAAUCAUAAACACUGAUAGUAAAAGAUAGGAAACCACGUCUGUAGGAAACCUGCUCUGAAUUUUUCAGGAAAAUGACUCAGCAAGCAGCUGGAGAGAUGGAUCAGUGGUUAAGAGUUCUUGCUGCUAUUUUAAGAGGGCCUGGAUUUGGUUCCCAGCACCCACAUGGCAGCUCACAACCUUCUCUAACUCCAGUUCCAAGGAAUCUGAAACCACCUUCUGGCACAGACAUGCACAUGGUAUACAUAUAUAUGUAUGGGAAAUACAGGGAUGCAUGUGAGAAACCUUCAUAUUUAAACUUUUCUACAUUUCAGUAUUAAUACCAUUCCUGAACAGUAUUUCUAAAAGGAGGGGGAGAAUGGUUUUGUUAACAUAAAAUUCAUUGAAAUACACAAGUAGAAUAUUUUAGAAAUUAGUUUGCAUAGCAAUUUAAUAUCCUGGGCUUUUUAGUGUGCAUGUUCGUGAGGAGGCCAAAGGACAGUUUAGGGAACGUUUCCUUCCAUGAGUUACAGGGGUUGAACGUAGGUUGUCAAGCUUGCACAGGGUGAGUACAAACACAUAGUAGCAAGUAGCACCUAUGUGUUGGGGGCAAAAGUAGAGAUCAGGGCUGGCAAGAUGGCUCAGUGAAUAAGGUGUUUGUGGCCAAACCUGGGGACCUGAUCCUUGGGACCCACAUUAUAGGAGAAAUCAAACUGCAAGUUCUCUCAUCUCCCUAUGUAUGCUUUAGCAUGUUCAUGCAUGUACACACAAUAAUAAAUGUAGAAGUGUUUUUAAGAAGGUAAAGAGUCAAUUAGUCAUGUGAUUGGAUGGGGACAUUUUUUUCUUUUCUAAACAGUUGAGUGAUACUAUAUUCUUUUAGGAAUUAUUUUUUAUCUGAUAAGUUUUGCCUGCAUUCUUUGUUUAGUACAUGCUUACAGUGAGUGCCCCUGGAGACCAGAAGAGGGUGAUGGGUCCUCUGUGACAAGUUACAGA